AGCCCAGCACGUGAAGACCCAAAAGAUUCCGAUGUGGGCUAAACUCGUCCCAAGGCCUACCAGUGUGAGAGCACUGACACGUCUUCCGAAUACCGAUGGCGGGAAAGCAAAACCCAGAACCCGCCCUAGAAAGUCAGUCAGUCACGCACAGAGCACAGAGAUAGCAGAACGAAAGGAGAGAGAGAGAGAGAUGGAGAAAGUGGUGCCUGAGGCGGAGGAACUGCCCAAGACUAUCGUACGCCGGGUGGUAAAGGAUAAGCUCUCCCACUGCUCCCCAGACGUCGACAUGUCCAUUCACAAAGACGCUCUCCUCGCCUUCUCCGAAAGCGCUCGCAUCUUCAUCCACUACCUCUCCGCCACGGCGAAUGACAUAUGUAGGGAAUCGAAGAGGCAGACUAUCAGUGCCAAUGAUGUAUUGAAAGCGCUUGAAGACAUCGAGUUUCCGGAGUUUGUUAAGCCUCUUACAGCCUCCCUUGAUGAUUUUAGGCAGAAUAAUGCUGGAAAGAAGGCCAAAGCAGCGAAGGUAAAAGAAGUGAAAAAGAGGAAACUGGAAGAAGAGCAACCAGGUGGCGGUGGUGAAAGGGAAGAAGAAGAAGACCGGGAUGGCUCUGGUGAUGACUGAGCAAGAACACUGAAUUUUACCUUAUCAGAGAGGCAAAGAUAAAUUGCACUUCUAUGUUUGUAGUUAAUAGCUUAUUAGCUUUAGUAUGACCGCAUCAACUAUUUCAUCAGCUUCUUUUUUAUAACCAAACAUGCCUUGAUCUUAGUAAUCAAGUGGACUAUCAAAGUAAAAGCUCUAUGACUGGAAAAUAUAACUGGACAAAAAGGGUUCAAAGAAAAAAAAGGAAAAGGGUUGUUUCGAGUCAUGUUUGUGAAGUCCGAGACUGUAAAUAUAAUUUUUGUGAGAA